AUGCUUUGGUAUGGCUCCGAUGUCCUCAAUGCAUCCGAACUGCUGGGCCACUUCCUUUUCGCUAAGCAACAGGUCGUCAUGUACGAGGGCCAAGAAUGCAAAUAUCGCAGUGUGUCUUCAGAGGCAGGAAGUAGCCAAAUGAUAUGCGGGUUGAUUGGUUUGAACUGUUCGGAGGGUUUUUGAGCUUGAGGAGCAGCUUGCUUCGGGGGAUCUUGAAGAUAAAGAUGAGAACUUCUUGCAGGAGCUGAUUUCUCCUGAAACGAUUCAAAGGGUCACCUCUAUUGAUGAUAACUUGAAGGCAUACUCCAACCUUAGUGUUGGGGACAUCUUAGAGCGAACUCAGUUUCGGAACGCGUUCACCCAAGCUACAGUGUCCCAUGAGCACCUAUCUUACGAAGGAUUCAUCACUUUGUUCGAGUCACAUUUGGAACUUUAGAACAUUAGAACAAACAGAUCGACCUGUGGCUGCAGUUAUUACACAUCUUCGCGAUAUUAUUGUCUGCAUCAGGCUUUACCUUCACGAUUCUUACAGGUUUUUCAUCUUCAACCCGCACAGGCAGCCCAAACAUCCACGAGGACCCGCGUUCGUACUAAACGAUAGCAAAGAGACAGCUGCGCGAUAUCUCCAUGAACUUCUCCAAUCUGACGACUCUUCAGACGGAGAAGUAGAGGAAUUCCAUUCAAAUUCUCAGACGUUCUCGGCACACAUAUUAAGGAUGGAAACUUCAGAGAGAUGGCGCCUGGCCCUCCUAUCGAUUUGCCCUUGUCUGGUGAUUCUUUGGAGGCCUCCAACGCCUCCUCUUCUUCUUUUCUGGGCGACGACUUAG